AUGCCACGCCGCUGCCAUACCAAGUCAAGGCGGGGCUGCGUACAAUGUAAAGAACGACAUGUUAAGUGUGAUGAGAACCGUCCAACAUGCAGCCUCUGCAUUCGACGCGGGUUAGAGUGCGAAUAUGUAGCACCUCGGCCCAGACGCAGACCCAUGUCAACAAGCACAAGCUCUCCCAAAAAUGCAAGAUCUGACAGAUCCUCAUCGCAAUCCAGCAUUUCUCACUCGGAUGACUUUAUAAGGCUCCCGCGCUUGCAGGAAAUGCAACUAUUCUACCAGGCGUGCGAAUCGACUCUUCCCUCGAUAGCCAAAGACGACGAAGAUAGCCGCUUCUGGAACGGGAAGAUUCCCCAAUUUGCUGUCUGCCACGACUAUGUCAUGGACAGCCUACUUGCUGUGUCUGCUCUCCAUCUGGCGUCGGAGCAAAUGGAUGCUGAUGAGAUUCCUACAUGGCUGGAGACUGCUUUAACAUAUCAGACUCAUGCGACUGCCGGUUUGCGACAAGAGCUGGUGACAAACCCGCAGAAUAUCGAGGCGUCUUUCAUGUGCUCAGCUAUUAUUCUGAUAUUAGUGACAGCUUACCCAGGCGUUUGUCGAGAUGAGACGCCGAUUGACCCGCUAUACGAGAUAAUGACACUUCGCUCGAUUCUGAGCGGAGCUGCAUUUUUAUGGAUGCAGAUGUUUCGCGGUACCGAGCGGGCUUGGCUUGAUGCUUGGAUAUACCAAGAUGGAAGCAACAGACUUGGUAUUGCUAGGGCCAGGAGCAUUCUUCAAAAAUUCCAUACUUUGCGCCCAUUUAUCGAGAGUAUUCAGGGGCCACAACGCAAUAUUUACCGAGAUACUUAUAAGCUACUGCUACAGAGCCUGGAAUGCUGGCCAUCCGGGCAAGGGAGCCUAGUCUGGCCAAUUCGAGUCAGCGAUGACUUCAUGAACCUAGUCAAGCAAGGCGAAUGGAUGGCGCUUAUCUUUGUCCUGUUCCAUGGCCUGGACAAGCAUCUAUCUUCACGGAAAUGGUUCGCUCGAGAGUCAGGGAAGCGAUUGGUUCACGGCGUGAUCCAGAACUUUGCUGGAACUUUCCCUCCAGAGUGGGUGGGCCUGGUUGAUUGGGUUAGGCAAGCUGUGGAGGUCUGA